GAUGUCAAAGUGGUUAGAUAUGAGUUUAACAUGUACACAAAUUAGUUUCAAGACACAAUAACCUGUUUCAUGUAUUUUAACAUUCAUCAAUCAAAGAUAGUCCUAUGAAUUGUGUCUUUGAAUAUGAUGGACACAAAUUGUAUUUAGGUAAUAUCAAUGCAGCAAAUGACUCAUAAUAUCUCAGAAAACAUGAUGUAGGAGCUGUAUUGUCUAUCAUAGACACUAGUGAUAUCAAAUUAGAAAAGUCAAUUAUUCAUCUAGUAAUUAUAUACUUAAUCUUUAUAGUGGAUUGCAGCUGAAGAUAAUGAGAAUGUUCAAUUAACAAGAUAUUUUGAUUAAGCUUCUAAUUUUAUAUAGGAUAACCUUAGACACACUAAUGUAUUAGUUCAUUGUUAUGCUGGAAUCUCAAGAUCAAGUUCAUUGAUAAUUGCCUACUUACUCAAAUGUUAAGGCUAUACAUUAAAAGAAGCAUUAAUCAAAUUGAAAUGUUAGAGACCUUAAGUUGAUCCAAAUAAUGGGUUUUUAGAAUAAUUAAAAGAAUAUGAAGUGAAAUUGAAAUCUAAUAAAACUCAAUAGAAUUCUAGUCUUAAUAAAAGUGCUAGUAAUUUUAUGAGUUUGAGUUCAAGUGUUGAAAAAUAGAAUUCAAUUCCAAAGAGUCGAUAAAGCAUUUCAAAUUUCAAUAUUUAUAGCAAUCUUAAUUCUUAAGUUACUAAAACUAAUAUUAAAAAUCUUUAAUUAAAAACAAUUGAAAUUUCUAAAACAAAAUAAAGUUUUUUAGAAAAAAGUUGUAGUCCAUCUAAUAUGAAAACAUAAAAUUACUAAGGGAAGAGUUUCUUUUCAAAUUCUAAACCUGAAGAUCCUUUGAAAUAAUAUUAAAAAAUAAAAAAUUAAGAAACACAAUGGAAUAAAUAAAUUUUAGGAAUGAAAAAUAUUUAUAGUAAUCACAAUAGAUAACAUUCUUUAAAUUUAUGA